AUGACGAAGUAUGCAGAGGCCAUAUACACCCUGAAAGGUCAUAUACUGGAAUAUGAAAUGGAUUAUUUCAUACCAAAUUGCGGAUCUGUAAACCUUCCUUUAAACGAAAUCAUUACCUUGAUGAAAACCACGUCCAUCUGUGAAGUGAUUACCGAGGCAAUUUGGAAAAUGGACUGGCACUGGAUGAUCGUGAUAGAUGAAAGGCAUCUGCUGCAAAUUCAGUGUCAGUCAAGUGACCUAGAUAGCAAAACCAUUCAAAGAGCGACUGAAAUUUUAAAAAAUCAGGAUGGAGAAAUUAGAAUUCCCUGCUCCGAUGAAGAUAAUCAAACCACCCCAAUACCUAACAACCCCGAAGAGGUUCAUCGGCCAACAUGGGAAGUUGAUGUUCGGUCUCAACAGAUGUUUUAUUGCAAAAUAUUCGUUGAACUCCUGGUUUUCUCAUCUCUAACGAAUAUGUAA